GCCCCGAGUCCAGGUUGCGCUGCGGCUGGUUAGUGGCGCUGUUGCAGCACCAUGGCCGAGCCCUCGUUGCGGCCGACAUCGCUGCGACCCGUCACUCACCUCAUCUUUGACAUGGACGGCCUCCUCCUGGAUACUGAACAUCUUUAUACUGUUGUGUACCAAGAAAUUUGUGACCGCUUUGGAAAGACCUACACCUGGGAUGUGAAAUCCUUAGUUAUGGGUAAAAAAACAUUGGAAGCAGCAGAGAUAAUCCGAGAUGCCCUAGACCUUCCAAUAACCAAAGAGGAAUUAGUGUAUGAAGGUGAAAUUAAGCUACAAGAAAUAUUUCCCACAGCUGCAUUGAUGCCAGGAGUUGAAAAACUAAUUCAGCAUCUACAUCGACACAAUGUGCCCAUAGCUGUUGCCACUAGCUCGUCUCGAGUGUCAUUUGAAAUGAAAACCGGUCGACACAAAGACUUCUUUAAUUUGUUUCAUCAUAUUGUAUUGGGAGAUGACCCUGAAGUGAAGAAUGGCAAGCCAGAGCCUGAUGUGUUUUUAGUCUGUGCAAAGAGGUUUAAUCCACCUCCAUCUCCAGAAAAGUGUCUUGUAUUUGAAGAUGCUCCCAAUGGGGUCAAGGCAUCACUGACAGCUGGGAUGCAAGUGGUCAUGAUUCCAGAUGAACACCUGAACAAAGAUCUUACUAAAGAAGCAACUCUAGUACUCCAGUCUAUGGUGGAUUUCAAGCCAGAACUAUUUGGUUUACCACCAUUUGAUUCAUAACCAUUUCAUUUAUUUUCAUUGGUUUAAUUCACCCAUCUGGCAAACGGUUCCAUUUUGACCAUUUUGGUAAUUACAUUUUAUCUGAUAAUUCUAUUCAGUGGUAAGGUGAUUUGUACCAUAUGAAGAAUGUUGUAACAUAUCUCUCCAAUUUUAUUUUUUAAAACAAUCUCGUGUGCUGUUGGACAAUUUCCCCUUCAAACUUCAGAAAAUAUCUUUAAUGAAGCACAAGGAUCUGUUAUCAGAGGAAAGAUAGUGAAAUACUUGACCUUGUAAGUUCCUUUGAAUGCCUAAACAGUCUAUGAAUCAUGUCUAUUGCUGUCUUGUUUGACGUUUUAAGCAGAGCUAUGCUGUAUCAAACCAAGGGUCCAUCUCAUCCAGCAUUGUGUUUACGCAGUAGUGGAUGAACUACCUGCAGAAAACCCACAAGUAGGAUGCAACUGUAACAGCACCCUGCUGAUGAUUUUCCCCAGCUGUUACGUAGGCACAUUCCCUUUGAUAUCAGAGAUGCCAUAUAAUCAUGAGAGUGAGAAUUCAUUGGUAGCCUCAUCCUUUGUCUAAUCAUUUAAAGCCAUCUAAAUUGAUGGCCACCACUCCAUUUCAUUGUAGCCAGUUUUGCAGUGUAACUAUGGUUUACUUAGUUUAACUUGUUUCUCUAACUUUGUGUAUUCAUCUUGAAUGUAAGUUGGUAUAGUCUACAGUUUCUCAAACAUGCUAUUACAAAUCCCUUGUUUGCCUGCAUCAAACCAAGCAAAUAGAUAGAAGGCUGCAGGUUGGCCUUUUUAAUUUUUACCUUUCUUCCGUGGUUUUCCCUGUUUUAAAAGUAAUCAGUUCAGUAGGGUGAUUUUUAUAGAGCCAGUUGUUACCAGCUCAGCCAAGCAUCUCUCUUGUUAUUGCCUUUACUUAUGCACAGGUGACAAUUUUCUAUUCUUAUUUUCUUGGUGGUUUUGCCAUUUUGCCUUUCCUUUCACUAUCAGUGUUACAGAAAACAUCUCUUGUUGGCUCUUGGGAACCCAGUGCUCUUGAAACUCUGCUAUGUGGAGUCGCAAUUUUUCUAUUUCUCUUCUUCCUCCCAGCUUACCUUCUUUCUUGAUCAACCCUUAUCUGAUGAAGCCAUGACUGUCUCCUUUGUUUAUAAUCAACUCACUGAAUGCUGUUUCCUUUGUUGUCUUUUCUGAAGUUUCAAUGUAAACCUUUUAAGUAUGUCUAUAUGCCUCAUGAUGGUAUCUGCAACGUAACCUAUGGAAAUAGAAUUGUCUAUUCUUAGCACUGAUUCACAUCCAACUUCUGCCCCUGGGAAAACAAUGUAUUUUCAAUAAAUGUUGCUAGUUGAUAAAGUU